CCAACACCAGAAGCAAAAAGACCUUUCCUUCUUCCCCUCCUCAAAUGCCUUUCCCUGCUUGUCAUCUCCAAAUCACUCAUUGCAUCAAUGGCUCUGCUGCUCCAACACCCAUUUCUCUACUCCAACGCUUCCAAUUGCAGAACACCCUCCGUCACCCUCUUGCAGACCACCAAAUCAUCAGCUUUCAGAAAAUCCAGAAAAUGGCCAGUCACAGUCAGGUGUGCUGCCGUCGCAUCGCCGGAGAUCGGGAAAGAAGAUGUUCUUGUUGGUGAGGAGAAAGGGAGAGUUGACGUGGUGGAUUAUGAUUGGACAGAAGAAUGGUAUCCGUUGUAUCUAGCUAAGGAUGUACCAGAGGAUGCGCCUUUGGGUUUGACCGUUUUUGAUAAACAAGUUGUGUUGUUUCGUGAUGGCAAUGGAGAGUUUCAAUGUUACGAAGAUCGUUGCCCUCACAGGCUAGCAAAACUUUCCGAAGGCCAGUUGAUUGAUGGAAGACUAGAAUGUCUGUACCAUGGCUGGCAAUUUGAAGGCAAUGGCAAAUGCGUCAAGAUUCCUCAGCUUCCUGCAGAUGCAAAAAUUCCUAGAUCAGCUUGUACCAAGACAUUUGAGGUGAAGGACUCCCAAGGUGUUGUGUGGAUAUGGAUGUCACAUAAAACCCCACCAAAUCCUGCUAAAAUCCCAUGGUUUGAAAACUUUGCCCGCCCUGAUUUUCGUGAUAUUUCAACCAUUCACGAGCUUCCUUAUGAUCAUUCCAUUCUUCUAGAAAACCUCAUGGAUCCAGCCCAUGUCCCCAUCUCACACGAUAGAACCGACUGGAGUGCCAAAAGGGAAGACGCCCAACCACUACUUUUCAAGGUUACAGAAAGAACCGAUCGCGGGUUUGCUGGCUGGUGGGGUCGUGAAGCCGAAAAAACCACACCCAACUUCUUAAGAUUCGAGGCACCAUGUAAUCUCCAGAACAACCGUGAGAUUGUCGACAAAAAUGGGGUCACAAAUUACUUUUCGGGCCUUUUCUUAUGCAGACCAACAGGCCAAGGGAAAUCUAUGCUUAUUGUGAGAUUUGGAAACACAAAAAGAUCACCGCUAGCUAGCCUUUUCCCAGCAUGGUACUUCCAUCAAAAUGCAGGUAAAGUUUUCGAACAAGAUAUGGGAUUUCUAUCGUCUCAAAACGAGAUUUUGAUGCGAGAAAAAGUGCCGACAAAAGAACUUUAUAUCAACUUAAGAUCCUCAGAUACAUGGGUAGCUGAGUAUAGAAAAUGGAUGGAUAAAGCUGGCCAUGGAAUGCCUUACCAUUUUGGGCACACCACUAUUUCAAUGCCAAAAGAGGCUGCAGUUGUGGAACAUGCUCCUGCUGGUUUUGUUGCCAGUAUUGCGGCUUCAUCGCCGGCCAAGGGCGGAAUCGGCACAAAACACGCACCAAAUCUUUCCAAUAGGUAUUUCCGGCACGUGGUUCAUUGUAAAGAAUGUCGGAGUGUGUUGAAAGCUUUUGAGGCAUGGAAGAACAGGUUCUCGGUGGUUGCUGCUGUAUCCUUGACUUUUGCAAUUUUGUUAUCUGGGAGGCAGUGGAAGGCGCUUCUUUUGCUGUCAACGGCCGUGUGCUUGGCUGGAGCCCACGCAUGCUCGACGGCUUUGGAUAUGAACACGACCAACUUCAUAAGAACUCAUCGGAGGUUGUAGAACGAAACGGAAAAAAUUUGUUCAUUUUUGUGGCAAGAAUCACUGCUUGAAGCUUCAAUUCUAUCAUGCUUGUAAUGUUGUACAGACAAGGUUUCGUGAGAUAGGCCUAUGAAAGAACUCUUUGUUGGUUGAUUGCAGAAAUUUGCUACACUCAUCAUCCCAAUUUCAAUAUCAGAUCCAUUUGAGCAUCC